GCGGGGCGACGUGGCGGCGACGCGCGCGCUCCUGGCGGCGGGCGCCGACUUCCGCGCACGCGACGCCGAGGGUCGUUCGCCGCUCGACGUGGUACCCGCGGGUGACGCCGAGGACGCUAGCACAUUCUCAGAAGAUAUGGACGAAGACGCAGCACUGAAGCUGGUGGCGUCCUACAUCAGAAUACAUUCCCUAAAAGCUCUUCUGGACCGAAACAACGAGUCGCAUAUCCUCCACAAGAAGAAGUAUAGUCCGCUGCAUUGGGCUGCAAAGCCUGGCCGUGAGCGGUUGUUGCGAGAACUGAUCGAAGCCAGAGAGAACGUGAACAUUUUAGACAGUCGUGGCCGCACGCCAGUGGUGUGGUCUGUCAUCUAUGACAACGCAGUGGGCGUGAGAAUGUUGGCUGAGGCAAAUGCUGACCUGGAAAUCCCCGACGAUGACAGUUACAAUCCUCUUCUCCAUGCUGCUCCGUUUGCGGAGCGCAUACAUGCUAUGACUGAGCUUUUGAAGUUUAAGGUGAAUGUAAAUGCUACAGACAACGCGAACAAGACAGCGCUGGUUUUGACGGGGUACCACAACAAUGUGGAGGGCACGAAAGCUCUAUUAGAAGCUGGAGUUGACAAGGAAACACUUGAUAAUACUGGGUAUUAUCCAAUUCACUGGGCGACUUACCCGAAAUCAGUGGACUCGCUGAAGCUGCUGGUGGAAGCUGGAGUAAACGUUCACUCUAGAGACAAAACGAACAUGACCGCUCUUGGUUACACGGCGAAAUACAACAACGUGGAGGGUUGCAAGAUCCUUUUAGCAGCUGGGGCCGAUAAGGAAGCAGUGGAUCAAUGGGGCUAUCACCCGAUUCACUGGGCAACGUACGGAGACACGUUGGACACGCUGAAGCUGCUAGUACAAGUGGGAGUGGAUAUAAACGCGCGGGCGAACGACGGGAAGACGCCGCUCCAUUGGACGACAGGGCAGUACGACAACGCGGACGGGACGCGCGUUCUUCUGGCGGCCGGCGCCAACGCCACGC